UCAGUGUAGCAAAUUUCCUGUAUUCGAUCCUCGCAUAGAAAUGGGUAUCGCAAUUAGCGUGAUCAUGAUGAAAAAAAUCUGAUUUUAAUUGAUACUAAUCAUAACCAUUAUUCCUAAACAGAUCAUGUUAGACGAUUAUAACAUACCCAAUUUUGUGUCCCAUUUGAGAAUUGUUUGAUUUAAGCGAACAAUUCAAUCUUCAGCAUAGAAAAUGAUCAUGUACAACUAUGCGUUUAUAUUAUUAAUUGGAUGUGCUUGUUCCAAAAAUACAGAUGUCUCUAAAAAAUACGGAAUACAAUAUUUCGGCCAAUGUAAGGACAUGGAAACCCCGUUCUUCAUAACAGAGGCUAAAAUCAACACCUAUUCAAAAAAGAAUCGAACUGUUGUGCUCCAGAUCGAUCUAAAAAAGAGGAUAGUUCCCGAUACCACCAAACUGAACAUCUGGAGAUGUGCUAACAUCGAAAACCCAGAUACCUGUGAGCAUUAUAUGAAGGACUUCGUUGUGAGAGACAUAUGUGAAAAAAUCAAUUCUGGAAGUGAGGAUCAGAUUUGGGUUAAUGCUUUCAAGCAUGUCACACCUGAAAUCAAAUGUCCCGUGGAACCAGCUCAUUAUAUCAGCCAAUUCCAGUUGGAAAUAAGUGAGUCCCUUCUACUUCGAAUAGUACCUUUUCCAUCUGGCUUUUGGAAGCUGAGAGGAUCCACUUACGAAGAAGAUGAGAUGGUUGCUUGUGCUGACCUGACUUUCAAAGUUAACAAGAAGUAUUAA